UGAAUGUCUGCAGCCUGACCUCCUCCGUGCCGAUCGGACCAGCAGCAGCUACGGAUCUGCUUUAGUGAGUACGCUGAUGAGUAACACUAUCAUCCGAGGAGGAUCAUGGAAUAAACAUGGCCCACAAUAGGAGCUUUUUCUUUGAAGCCCUGGAUAGAUCAGAGACCAGGCGAGAUGGAGGGUACAAGCACAACUGGAGCUUUUCCCUUCCUGGUGACAGUGAAGAGGAAAGGAGACAUGAUGCGAGUGUGGUGAGCGUGGAGGACAUGGAUCGGCAGCAGCUGGCCUCCCCCGAGGGGAAAAAGUCUCCCACUCUUAGGCACUUCACUCCCUCCGAUUCCUUGAGAACAUAUGAAAACCGGGCAAAUAAUCACAUGAGGCCUCUGACCAAGCUGGCACCCAGAAGGCUCAGCGACGUCCCUCUCACGGUAGCAGCGCCCCCCUCCAUGUCCAACAGAUCCAACUAUUUCAUCAUCAGUCCCACAUCUUCACCAGGAAUUGUCAUACAAGGGCGUCACUUUCAGCACGCACAACUGCCCUCUCAGAUAAGGAAACCAGUCCAAAGCCUUGAUUUGAAGGAGAGAAAGGACUUCUCCACCACGCAGCAAGCUGUAGAGGUGGACAGCAUCGUCCUCACCUGUCCAGAGAUCCAAGGGGGGGAGACCCUGAACAUCAAACGCCGCGUCCAGCAGAAGAGGAAACCGCUGGAAGGCUGCAGCUUUUCCUCACAGGUCAAAGCAGCAGAGCCUCGCCGGUCGACCGUCAGCCACACGGUGUGUGUGAAGUGCAACAAACCAAGUGAGGACAGCAGCAAGUGUCAGAACUGUGGGAACAAUCCGGCGAUGCCGCCCUGUCAGCAGACCUCGCUGUCGACCCCGGCGCCGCGGUCCUCCAUCAGAUCCCAGCCCUCCCCCGGACCAAACAGCCUGCAGCAGAACUUUUACAAACCGGUCGCAACCGUAAGGGGGUCCCGCGGGGACACGCUGCCUAUGCAGAUCAAGACCACCAGGGGGACCGUGCUGCCUCUGAACAAUGGGAGAACACCCCUGUUAGCCGGGACGUCGAGCUGCUGCGUAGCCAGAAACCCACCCAAAGGGAUGAGGACGGCAGCGGCGGCACACCAGCACGAACUGAAUGAUCCCAUCAUCCUGUCCAGUGACGACGAAGAGGAGGAGGAGGAAGAGGAGGAGGCUGACAACGCCAGCACAGGAAGCGUCAACAGACUGGACAACGUUUCCCCUCGUCCUGCCGACUCCGCUCACUCCUCUCCGGCGCCCUCCGGAGGCAGAGUGGAGGCGGCGGUGAAGAGCGCCGGAGAGCAGGAGGAGGUGAAUGUGGACUUCUUUGACGAAGACGUGAACACGAGGAUCACGAUACCUCGGAGAGCCCGGAUGAAAGAUCAGUUUGGAAAUCAGCCUCCCGAGCAGUUCUCACCGAGGACGAAGAAGCCCAAGUUCAUGUCCAGUAAGUGCACCAGCAUCAUCCUGGAGUGUCGGAGCGUACGAGUUGGAUCUCUCCGCAGGAUGGUGACGAAGCCCGUCGUCUUUUCCAUCGACCACAUCCAGCUGGAGACUGAAGGCUCGGAGCACGGCAGCGUAGAGAAGGUGUGUCUCCAGGCGUCGGAGCUGAUCAGCUGCGAGUGGUGCAGCGUGCGGAAGCUUCCCGUCUUGUUCUUCCAGACGACCCCGGAAGAGUGCCACCGCCUGCGCACACAGCUCAACAUGUCCAGGGAGAAGGGAGGCCAGUGGUACGACUGCUCCGGAGACGAGUCGGAUGAGAAGUACAUCGUCCUCAUCUUCGAGAACGGCCUCGCGAUGAAGGAGCAGAUGAUCCUGGAGGACAUCCUAGGCGAGAUUGGCAGGACCAACAACCUCAUCAACUUCCCCGCCAAGCUGCCCUUCGAGGAGGCCAACAUCCGACUCGUCAACUACAACAAGGCCACAAAGCAGAAGGAGGAGAAGGUGAAGCCGGUACAGACCCCUUCCAAAUUCACCCAAGCCUCCUCCCCGGUUGCCAAGGGUAUGCAGGUCUCCCCUGCAGCAUCCGUCAGCACGCGGAUGGCCACCCGCCAGCAGACCAGCGCCCCCUACGAAGAUGAUGAGGACGAGAUGACCGACCUGCCGCCCACCUUCUCCGGACCAAUCAUCAAGUUAAUGGUGUACCCUCCUCCUCCAGCCAAAGGUGGAAUAACUGUCACUAACGAAGACCUGCACUGCCUUAAUGAUGGAGAAUUUCUUAACGAUGUUAUCAUAGACUUUUAUUUAAAAUAUUUAGUUUUAGAGAAGUUAAAAAAAGAAGAUGCACAAAGAAUCCACGUGUUCAGCUCCUUCUUCUACAAAAGGCUGAACCAGAGAGAGCGCAGGAACGCCGCAGACACGACAAACCUGCCAAUCCAGAAAAAGAAGCACAACAGGGUAAAGACGUGGACUCGGCAUGUGGAUCUGUUCCAGAAGGACUUCAUUUUUGUUCCCAUCAACGAGUCAGCUCACUGGUACUUGGCCGUCAUCUGCUUCCCGGGCCUCGAGGGUCCGGUGUUUGAGCAGAACCCGCUGUACCACGGCCCGUUUUCCACCUCCGCCGCAGAGUCUGAGGAGAGCAUCCCGGACCACUGCCGUCCUCUGUCCCCGGACAGAGACGGGCUGGACAGCUCCUCGGAGCAGCUGUCGCCCGGAGGAGCUCCCGAGGAGUCCGUGGACGGUCUGACUGACGGCGAGCUCGCUGCUGAGAACUCUGCCUUCACAGAGGGGGGGCUACAAGAGCCUUCAGCGACGCCGGGUAACGGCCAGGCCGACAGCGAGCAGCAGUACACGAGCGAGCUGCACAGAAUCAGCGUGUGCUACGGUUCAGGGAAAGGAGACGAUGACACCUACACCUUCUCUGAUGACCAAAGCUCCUGUCAGGACGAGUGCAGCGAGGACGGGACUCUGGCUGAAGAGGGUCUCACCUCCGACGCCUCCAGUUUGGCCUCCAAACCGAGCCUCUGCAAACAGCCUUGUAUUCUCAUCAUGGACUCCCUCAGAGGUCCGGCCCGGUCCACUGUGGUCAAGACUCUGAGAGAGUACCUGGAGGUGGAGUGGGAGGUGCGUAAAGGGACUCAGAGGAGUUUCGGGAAGGACGUCAUGAGGGGGUCCAGCCCACGUGUGCCUCAGCAGGAUAACUUCAGCGACUGUGGAGUUUACGUCCUGCAGUAUGUGGAGAGCUUCUUUGAGAGUCCGAUUCCCAGCUUCCACCUGCCGUUGAACCUGUCGGAGUGGUUUCCUCAGCAGAGGAUGAAGACGAAGCGCGAGGAGAUCAAGGAGCUCAUCCGGAAGAUCCAAGCUCAGCAAGAACUGGACAAGAAGGAGUCCGACCAGGUCGAGGCUCCGCCGGGCUCCCCUGAGGAGCCCGAGAUCGAAGAGACAUCUGGGUCGAACGGCAGGCCGCCGAACGUACCCAUCAGCCCCUGAAUCCGCCCCGCCCUCCUCCUCCCGGGCUGAGUGGGGGGCGCUGGACCUGAUUGUACGCUGCUGGUUUCACUUUGACGUGUCUGAAACGUUCCUCAUCUCCCUCCGUUAUCCACAGACCACACCUGAAAAUUUGUACUGAAUAAAUGACCUGUAAAUAUGCCGGAGUUUCUCCCGCUGCCUUUGUAAUUUACUGUUUUAUGACUCGUUGAUGAAGUGGCCCGUUAAGUUAUGUUUUCAUAGAUGUUCUUCUCCCCAGGAGGAUCCGUGCAGAAGAUACUGUUUCGCUCUUGCAUUCAUCAUUUUCUAAGCUUUCAGGUUGUGCAGACAAAAAUAAUAAGAUUGCUGUUCUUUAUAAGUUAUAAGGCGCCCCCCCCCUCUGGGGGUAGA